GUCACUAACGAGGCUCAGGUUAUCUCCCAAACUCGGAGGACAGAAAGGCUCCGAGCGGCAGCGAACAGACUGAGGGACCUUAUCUCCAGGGAGAAAUUGAGUAUAAAUUGCAAUCUGUCAUGUUAAAGGAGUGAGAUCCAGCAGGGACGCUACCUUCACCUCCCCUCAUACUCCCACUCCUCAACCAAGCUUGGCAAGGACAACAGCCCAAAGGCAUGAUGGGAGUUGCUGUGCUCUGUGCGCUGGUGUCAGCAAUCAUCUGUCACAGCCACAGCCAGGAAAUACAAAACCCUCUGUACAGGUUCAAAAGGUCUCAGGAAAAUGUCUUGUCAGAUCACAGUGAGUGUGUGUCCAGGACCAGACAGCCGCUCUUAACAAACUCUCCCAACUUCUCUGUGGACAUCCGCAUGCCUGCUGUCGUCCCAGCUGGGUCGGACAGUUACCUGUGCACAUCGUUUCCUGUGCCAACUAGUCGAGAUGCAUAUAUCGUGGACUUCAUACCUCACGCCAGUAUGGACACAGUUCAUCACAUGCUUCUGUUCGGCUGCCACACUCCCGUGUCCACCAGCAGCUACUGGGACUGUGGCAGUGUACAAGGCACUUGUGAGGAUGAAGCCUCCAUCAUGUACGCCUGGGCUCGAAAUGCACCUCCUACUAAAUUACCCAAAGAUGUUGGAUUUAAAGUUGGAAGAAAGUCAAGAAUGACCCACUUUGUACUGCAGAUCCAUUAUGGAGAUGUUAGUGCUUUCAGAGACCAUCAUAGAGACUGCUCAGGACUUACCUUAACAUUGACAACCAAACCGCAGCCAUUCAUUGCUGGCAUAUACCUGCUCAUGUCUGUGGACACAGUGAUCCUUCCAGGAAAAAGAGUGACAAACGCAGACAUCGCCUGUGAUUACACGUCAUAUCCUAUCUACCCGUUUGCCUUCAGGACUCACACACACCACCUUGGUAAAGUGGUCAGUGGCUACAGGAUCCGAGAUGGGAAGUGGAGCCUGAUUGGGAGACAGUCCCCUCAGCUACCACAGGCUUUCUAUCCUGUUAACCAGGAACUGAAUGUGAAGUAUGGUGACACCAUUGCAGCCAGAUGUGUGUUUUCUGGGGAAGGCAGAACCUCCAAAACGUAUAUCGGUGGUACCUCUGAUGAUGAAAUGUGCAACUUCUAUAUAAUGUACUACAUGGACAGCAAGCACGCCAUCCCAUACAUGAACUGCAUGGAGCCCGGCUCCAAAGAGCUGUUUGAGCAGAUUCCAGCUGAGGCCAACGUGCCCAUCGCUGUCAUUCCAGCUGACAUGGACUCUAUGAUGCAUAUGGGAAACUCAGCAGAUCAUCAAGAAAGACCAAACCAAGCCGAGCAUGCUCUGGAUCAGGGUGACCUCUAUUCUCUAAUGUCCAAGCUGCUAGGACAGAGCAAGGACAUAGUUCACAUUCAUAAGUACAACCCAAGCGAGCUGCAGAGAGCCCAGGCCGACUUGGUUGCUCAGAUUGAUAGCUUAAUGCAAAAGAAAGACCUGGGCUCUCCCAGUGCCAGACUAGCCUUCCAAACCAGGGAAGAUCCUGUUUUGGUGAGGGACAGAGUCCACAAAUUCCACCAGCUUGAGGCCACGGCCAAGCCGCCGAGAAGCAAGCUGCUAGCUGAAGGACAAGACUACCACUGGGAGCAGGUCUUGGUGUGGCCUCAGGAUUCUCUCCAGCUGGGUCAGGUGUCGGGACUUGCCCUGGACUCAGAUUCUAACCUGGUCAUUUUCCACAGAGGUGACCAUCACUGGGGAGCAGACUCUUUUAACGACGAGGCCAGAUACCAGCAGAGGUCACUGGGUCCUAUUCAGCAGUCCACUAUUUUGGUUGUGGAUCCAACUAAAGGCAAUAUCCUGAAGGCUUCAGGCAGAGACAUGUUUUAUUUGCCUCAUGGAAUAACAACAGACAAGAAGAAUAAUUACUGGGUGACUGAUGUGGCUCUUCAUCAGGUGUUGAAGGUGAGCAGUGACGGCAGAGACCGGGUGCUGCUGGCGCUGGGAGAAGCUUUCACACCAGGAAGUGACAGCAGCCACUUCUGCCAGCCCACUGAUGUGGCUGUGGACCCUGAGAGUGGGAACGUCUUUGUGUCUGACGGCUACUGCAACGCCAGGAUACUGAAGUUCUCUGCUGAUGGAGAAUACCUGUCCGAGUGGGGCGCAGGCUCUUCGGACAGGAGGAGGCGUGUACCGUUCCGGAUCCCCCACAGCCUGGUGUUCCUCCCUGACAGACAGGAAGUGUGUGUGGCUGACAGGGAGAGGGGACGGAUCCAGUGCUUCAUAGCCGAAACUGGAGAGUUUGUCAAGGAAAUAAAGAAAGAGGAGUUCGGAGGGGAGGUGUUUGCCAUCACCUACAGCCCUGCAGGAGAUGGCUUGAUCUUUGCAGUGAACGGGGAAUCUCCAUAUCACCCAACUCCACUCAGAGGUUUUGUAAUCGAUUAUUCUACGGCGGAUAUUUUGGAUACCUUUAACCCAGAGAAAACGGAGUUUAAAAUGCCUCACGACAUUGUUGAAACCAGGGACGGCAGCAUCUUCGUUGGGGACGUAGGCACUAAAUCAGUCUUCAAGUUCUCCACUGAGAAGUUGCACCGCUCUGUCAAGAAAGCUGGAAUAGAGGUUCAAGAACUUGAAGAAAUGGAAGCGUUUGUCCAGACAAAGGUGAGGCCAGAGCACAACAUGUCAAAGGCAGCGGCCAUCCAGGAGAAGCAAACUGUGGCUGUACAGCCUCAACCUCAACAAGAGACAGAGGAGGAGAAGAAGAAGAUGGCAGCGACGCCAAACAGAGGCCAGGGCGUGCUCCCAGCCGUCAUCACCACCCUGCUGCUCGUCCCUCUGCUGCUUGUCCUCUCUGUGGGAGUCUUCAUCUGCUGGAGGAAAAACAACCGAUGUGAGGUGAAAAGUGACCCCAGCUCUGUGGGAGGAAUCCUGGGAAAAAUAAGAGGGAAAGCAGUGGGCAGUCUGAACCUGGGGAACUUCUUUGCGUCCCACAAGGGUUAUAGUCGUCAGGGCUUCGACCAGCUGAGCACUGAAGGCAGCGACCAGGAGAGGAACGACGAGGACAGCAGCGACUCAGAGAAUGAGGAGUACUCGGCUCUGCCGCCUCCUCAGUCCUCCUCGUAGACUCUCUGGGUACAGACACCAACCUUCUGCUUCUUCUGCCAAUCCAAGAUGUAUGUUAUUCAUCAUGUGUGUAACUGUUGUGUUAGCUGCCAAUCUUAUUGUUUAUAUAUUUAAAAAAAAAAAAUGCUGUAUAUAAAAUUAAUUUGGCAUUAUUCAGACACUUUAUUUAAUGUUUAUUUAAUUUAGCUGUGGUCUUGAUAGAGCCUUGGUGACAAAAUUCACACAUUUUACUUAGAAAGAUUGUUUUCCCCAAAUCAAACUUGCAUUUAGUGAAAUUAUUAGCACAGUUUGAAACACCUGGUGUCAGAUUCAGCCUUAAAACAAGACCAAAUCUGCCAAUAAGCUGCAUAACUUUUAUUCAUCCAGAUUCCCCUGUUUUGGGGAUUUUAUAAAUGUGAUCAGAAAUGUGAAAAAAUCCACUGAAAUUCUUAUAAUAACCUGUUUUGUUAGGAAACCGGUGAAACUAAUCAAAGCCCAUUUGCUGGAUUUUUUUCUUGAACUAGAAGGAAAAUGAACCAAACUUCACUGAAUGACUUUUUCAGAAGGGGAAUUUCUAUGACUGAAAUGGGGUCAAGUAUUUCACAUUUCUUAUAUUAUUUAUUUGCACUCAAAGCAAGCUGUUUGAAAAGCUUCAGGGGUACGUUUUCAUGGUGGCACUGUGACCAGCACAAGCAGCACUGCGACAGAAUUUUCACAAGAAUUUAAACCUAAAAAAAAAUUCAAAAUCACAUUGAGAAACUUGGCAAGACCUGUCCCACAAACUACAAAAAAAUGCUACAAGGUGGCAAAGAAAUGAUGUGAAAAUUAGCAAUUGGGGAUUAUUAGAUAAAUAUUAUCAAAAAAGUGGGGAAAAUGUCCAAAACUGUAACUAUAAGGCUCUUAGUUAUAUAUUUAAAAUUAUGUUACAGAAAAUUACUCUUUUAAGCACUAUCUUAAGGCAGUUUCCUUUUUCUUAAAUUUUCUCGUAUUUUUGUACUAAUGCCUUGCAUUUUUUUUCGCCAUUUCUUAAGUCAUCUCUUUGCAUAAUUUCAAAAGAUUGGUCUUUUGUUGAGCUGUUGCUGUCAGACUGUAAUUGGCUCUGUUGGAUCUGUUUCAGCGAUGAGAGCAGUGCUGUGAUUGGCUGCAUUUAGUAAUCCCCACACCGUCUCAUCUUUAUUUCACUUCACUCGGACCUUUAGCACUUUGUGCUGCUGAACUAAAGUAGCAGGUGACCACAGUAUGUGGUCCCAAGACAUACCUCCUCUUUGUGCUGGUCACUGUGCUUGCAUUGAAACAGGGCCCUCAGAAAGAAUCAGAAACCUUCUGUUGGCUCUUUAUUUUACUGUUCAGUGUUUUGGUUCUGCUGAGUCUAAACUGGACAUAAAUACAGUGUUCAUUUCAUGAAAUUUUAAUGUUUGAGUAAGAAUUUAUUUCGAGGAUUAAUUAUGGAAAAAUGUAUCCUUAUUUUCAAAAUGAAAAGUUUAACCGCACUGAUAUUCUCUAGAUGGUUUACUUUUACUGAAAAAGUGCAUCCUUCCUUACUUAAAUCUCUUCCAUGUAGUAAAGCUACACACAAAGCAUUAUUAUUUCAACAUGAUUGUUGGGUCCAUGUUUCAGUUCACAUUUCAUUUUGUGCCUUUUUUACUUGUCUGUAUUUUGCCUUUCUUCAGCACCUGCCAUUACAACAUGUUCCAUGAGAUGAAACAGCUGCUGCUAGUAGAGCUUGUACUAUAUAUUGAUUUCUCUUCCAUACAAGUGAACGGAAAAUGGAUAUUAUUACAUAUAUAUGUAUAUGUAUAUUUAUGCCUGUAUGUGUGUGUGUGCAUGUGUGUGUGUAUGAUGCCAAUCAAACAAGUCUCAAGUCUCAAGCACUGUAACUGUUACUCACUCACCUCAGACAAUGUCAAGAAUACAGCAAGAAAUAGCUGCUAUGUCCAUCUUCCAUAACUUAAAGGAACCACAUCUCUCUGUAAGUUUUGAGCUCCUUACUUACAAAUUUAUAGUUGAUAUGUUUGCUGACCAUUUUGAAAAGCAUGCUGCACUCUUAAACUGACUUGAGUUGUGUAAUCCAGUGCAGUAAACAUUAUUGUUGUCGGGGGGUUGUUGAGGGUUUCCCACACAUUCAUUUAUUUUGGCAACCCACCAUGAUGGAAACAUUUGCCAUGUAUUGAUCUUAUAUUUUAGAGCGAACUCUGGACACAGAUACUUAACCAUUAUUGCUCUGGGUCUAAAAGUUUGCUUUCACUCUGCAGCAGCUGGUCCACUCACCGAUCCAUCUGAUCUAACCAGACUGACAGAUCAGUUAUCCACUUUGUGACUUGCAUACUGCUGGAAUAAAGAACUUAUGACGAGCUCCCCGCAUCAAAAAGUCUAAAUUUAGAGAGGGGACACCAACCAACCGUCCAAACCCAGAGAUAUUCACCAACUAUCAUAGAUGACAGACAAACUAGCGAGAUAUUCAGAAUCUAGGAGCUGGAAACACUUUGUGAUGUUUUUGCUUGAUGCAGUUGCUGCUUAAUAUAAAUGAUUAAUGGACUUUAGAAAUGUUUGAGAUGAAUAUUCCUAUUCAACCAAACUGAAAAUCACUUAAUAGAAAUCAAUUGUGCUACACUGUAAAAAUAACCUACUUGUUUUAACUUGAAUAUGUUAGUAUCUGGGCAGCCUUAAAAUUUAAAUGGACUGAAUUUGAUCACAAGUUGAGGUAAUUUUCGUAUCUUUUAAAUUCAGUCAACUUAGAAAUUUAAGUCAGCCUGCACACAAACUUUUUCAAAUCAAAACAAAUAGUUCACAGUCUAUGUAAAACCAUAGCUGAAAGGAAAAAACAAACAAACAAAAAUUAGAAUUUCUAAAAAACAGCAGCAUAUUUAGCGAAAUGGUCAGCAAUGAUUUAAAGUAUACAACCUGUAGCAAACGGGCUAAAACAUGCAAAGAAGUGUGUGUGGUUCCUUAAAUGUUUGUCUUCAUUAGAGCUGCAUGUCUGCGCUUUAAUGGAUCUGUUUCAGCAGUGUCAUGUUGUGUUUCUUGUGGACCAUUGUGCACAUUGUGCCAAUACAAUGUUACAAACUGCAAUUGUUUAUAACAACUAAGUACAUUGCUUGAGAUUUAACUUGAAGUUAAAAAUUAUGAAUUGAUCACAUUUGAUUUGAUCAAUUGCUAAUUUGUAGGAAUGAAUGGAAAACUGAGAAUAUAGCAAACAUGUUCAAUCAAACCUACAGCACAAAUCCAAGUUGUUCAGUGAAAUCUGAAUCAAGCACGAGUCACCCGUAAUAAUAAUAAUAAUGCAACAAUUAGUGUCCAUCAAUAAAAUCCAGUUUACAGCAAACAGACUAAGAGGAAAUACAAAGAUGUGAUGAAGUGGAUGUUGUUUGUCCAUCCAGAAUACUCCGUUUCAUUCUGUAUUCUCAGGUUUCAUUUCAUUUGCUCCAUCUUUCAUUCCAUAUUUUUAAAUUCCAUCCUGUAUUCUCAGACCCUCAUCAGAUAUUUCUGGUUGUAUCAGUUUGCCACACACUUUGAAUGAAUGAUUCCCUUAAUGGCAUGCCAUAGAAAUUGCAUUUCUGAUGUUGCGGUCACAUGUGGGCUAUCUGAUUUAUUUUGACACACUGGUUUUGCUGCAAGAGUACUAUUUUCAGUAAUUAUGUUAUUUGUGUAAUAAAGUAUCUGCAAAGCA